UUGUCAGGCUAAAUAUUUUGGCUUGGCGGGAAGGGCGGAGAGAGCCCGGAGGUCCCAGCAAGCCAAUCCGUUGCGCCCCGGGGCGCGGAGGGCGGGAGCUGGGCGCGGCCCCGAAGCGCCCGGUGAUACCGCGGCCCCCGUGCGGCCCCCCCGACGCUCGCUCGGCGCCCAGCCGCCCAGCCGCCCAGCGGGGUCCCGGACUUUUCUCCCGGGCGAGUCCGCGCCGCUCUCGUGGGCGGGCUCCCCGGGCCUCCUCGCCGCGCCGGCUCCGGGUCCUGCCAGACCCUGCUCCUCCCCGAGCCAGCUGCAGAAGCCAGGAGUGGGCACGAGGCAGGCCUGGGACGAUGGCAGCGCCCAGCCUGUGCCCGGGGGUCGCAUGCCUGCUUGCGAUCCAUCUCUCCUUGGGAUUCGGCCUGGACACACUAGAGGGUGAGUCC